AAAGAAAUAUCAAGUCUCUGGUUCACUACAUUGCUGCACUAUUUAAAGGGUUCACUCAUCUUCUCCACUUUCAAAUCAAAACCACACCAAAAAGAUAAACAACCACAGGAAAUGUCUAUAUCAAAUCUAAUUUCUCUCAACCAACAAUGGCUUCCAAUUCUUGCAGUCUUUCUUCUUCCAAUUUUCACCCUCUUUCUCUUCAAAAGCAAGAAGAGAACUGAAGGUCCUAAACUACCACCAGGUCCAAGACGACUCCCCAUUAUUGGCAAUUUUCACCAGUUAGGCGACAGGCCGUACUACGAAUUUUCACCAGUUAGGCGACAGGCCGUACUACGAUUUUUGGAACACAAAAAUAUGCGCCCUGUCAUGCGAGUUCAAUUAGGCAUGCGAGUUCAAUUAGGGAGAUCACCUGGUGUUGUUAUCUCUGGUGCAGAGGCUUCAAGAGAAGUCAUAAAAGACCAUGAUCUUGAAACUUGCAGUCGCCCUUCAUCGGUCGGGCCUCGUAGACUGUCAUAUAAUUUCUUGGAUGUUGCGUUUCGUCCAUAUUCUGAUUACUGGAAAGAAAUGAGAAAGUUGUUUAUUUUUCAGCUUUUGAGUAUGAAAAGAGUGCAUAUGUUCUGGUAUGCAAGAGAAGAGCAGAUUGACAAGUUAAACAAUAUUUUAACAAAUGCAUACCCUAAUCCAGUUAAUCUUACGGAGCUAAUAUUUAACGUGAUUGAUGGUAUUAUGGGUACUGUUGCUUUCGGAAGGAGCUAUGGACAAUUGGAGUUCCAACAAGGUAUGGAUAUUUUAAACAAUUUUCAUGCGGAGGAUUUUUUCCCUAGUGCUGGAAGAUUCAUUGAUUCUUUGACUGGUGCUCUUGCUAAAAGAGAACAAACUUUCAAAAACCUUGAUGGGUAUUUUCAGAAAAUUCUUGAGCGGCAUCUAAUUCUUGAGCGGCAUCUGGACCCAAAUAGACCUAAGCCUGAACAUGAAGAUAUUGUUGAUGUCUUGGUUGGGCUGAUGAGAGACCAAGGUGCUUCUUUCCAACUUACUAAAGACCAUCUCAAGGCUAUUCUCAUGGAUAUCUUUGUGGGUGGCAUUGAUACAAGUUCUGUGACAACCGCAUGGGCAUUCACAGAGAUACUAAAGAAUCCAAGAAAUGAGAUACUAAAGAAUCCAAGAAUAAUGAAAAAAGUACAAGAAGAGAUAAGAGGAAUUGUUGGACCAAAUAAAAACAGAGUAGAAGGAAGAGAUGUUGAUAAAUUCAAAUACUUGGAAUUAAUAGUAAGAGAAACCUUCAGAAUACACCCACCACUCCCACUUCUGAUCCCCCAUUUUUGCACCAAAAAAUGCAAAAUUGGUGGGUAUGACAUUUUACCAGGCACAACAAUAUUCAUCAAUGCUUAUGCAAUUGGAAGAGAACCAUCUAAGUGGGAGAACCUGAAGAAUUUUACCCAGAAAGAUUUUGAGAACAGUGAUUGUUGAUUACAGGAGGGUCCUACUUUGAGUUGGGUUCCCAUUUGGAGCUGGAAGAGACUUGUUCCUGCGUCUGGCAAUGGCGUACUACAGCAUACAGCAGUUAAAUACACAUUGGCUAAUCUUUUAUAUGGGUUUGAUUUUGAGCUCCCUAAUGGAAAGAAAUUUGAGGACUUUCCAAUGGAAGAAGCUGGUGGUCCCACUGUCCAUAACAAGCACGAUCUUGUUCUUAUUCCAAAAAAGCACGAGUGGGACUAAGAUUUUAUUAUUUUUUAUGUUUGUUUCCCUAUUUUAGCCUUUUUGUUUUUGGUCGAUGUCAUGUGUGAUGUGUGAUGUGUUAUGUUUGUUUCCUAUAUUUAUGUGUUAGCUUUUAUUGUUAAUAGUGAUUAUCUCUAUAUUUAAGAAUCAUAAAUCCAGAUAUUGCCUUAA